AUGGUUGGCGUUUGCAGCACAUUUGCUUUUGGGGCUGAAACAACUGUAGAGGAGCUGAAAAACUGCUCUAAAAACGAAAACACUGCGAAAAGCACUGGUUUUUGGCUCUCAGUUUGGAAGAAUUGGUGCGCAGACAAAGAAGUUACUGAUGAAAAAGAAAAUUAUGAGGCUGCUGAGCUUAACACUUCACUCGAGCAUUUCUACGCCGAAGUAAACAAUAAAAAAGGUGAAGAUUAUGAACCAGAAAGCCUUAAAGUAAUGAUGGCAUCGCUUGAUAGACACUUAAAGAACAAAGGCUGCCUCCCAUCCAUUGUACGUGACCGAGAAUUUAGUUCGUCCAAAGAGGUGUUGGAGGACAACGCGAAACAGCUUCGCUUGGCUGGCCAUGGUAAGCGCCCAAUCAAAGCUCGGCAAGUAUCAGAGGAGGAAGAAGAAACUCUCUGGAAGAGAGGAAACUCGGAGGUAAUAACCCAGAAUCUUUAAUUCUUUAAUCUGUAGCUUGCAAACUUUAAAAACAUCGAGCAAAAUGUUGUUUUGACUGCACGUGUGAUGAUAUUUGCAGCAUCUGAAUAAUUCAUUUUUGCACGUAGUCUACGCGUGUUGACUCCCUAUCAAAGUGAUUUUAAAGCUAUCUCACAAUUUUUUCAUGAAUAUUAUUAAUAAGCAAUCACAUGAUUUUUCUCGUGCAAUUUGGAAUAAAUAAGCACUCGUAAAUUUUUUCAAAGACCACAAAUUGCACAACCCCUACGGGCUCGUGCAAUUUUGUUAACCUUUGAAAAAAUUUACUCGUGCUUAUUCAUUCCAAAUUGCACUCGAAAUGCGUUGAUUACCUGCACAAAUUUGUCUUCUCCUGCUGUGGUACCAAAGCCAGCUUUGGGCUAUUUGGUGAUAAUUAAACUCUUUUUGGCAUAAUGUUCUCCUUGUCUUUCAUAAGCGCUUUUUUCACAGGGAUUUGAGACUUUUUUACAGUAGUUUAAUUUAGGACUGAAACCAACACAAAAUUUAUCACAAAUUGCUGGACAUGCAUGUAAGGAGGGACUAGUUGCCGGUAUUCCUGGGAAACCAAGUGGACCCGGUAGUCCAGGGGGUCCUGCAGCUCCCUGAUCGCCUUGAUCCCUGGUGCUAUCUAGGUGGACGCGGUCAGCAGUGCUUGGUCCACGGUUUCACUUCAAGUCGUUCUCCAGUUCCAUCAGGAGUGCCUCAGGGCAGUAUCCUCGGUCCCCUGCUGUUUUUAGUUUAUGUGAACGAUCUCCCGCCGGUGAUACAGAAUCGUAUCGCACUCUCCGCUGAUGACUCAAAAUGUUCCAGUAUCAUUAAGAGUCUACAAGAUUGUGGGUCACUCCAAAAGGACCUGGACAGUCUGCAUAGCUGGAGCGAUAAUUGGCACCUAAAGUUAACACCUCGAAAUGUGAGGAACUAACCGUCACACGUAAGCGCCACCCAUUUGGCUCAGAUUACAAGUUCAACAACAACUCACUUGAACACGUCACUCAGGUUAAAGACCUCGGGGAGACUAUCUCGCCGGACCUCACAUGUGAUACUCACAUUAACACCAUCUUAGCUAAGACCAAUAGGAUGCUGGCAUUUUUACGCCGCAAUAGUGUUAUGUCCACUACAGACCAUAGGAAAUUACUAUAUCUCACGUUUGUAAGAUCAUGUGUUGGCCAUACUAGCGAGUCAUGGGCUCCCAGUACGAUAUGUAGUGUAAUAAAAAUAGAGUCUUCAAUGCAGGGCAAAAAAAUUCAUCUUAAAAACGCACUGGCAAAGGGAUAUUUCUUAUCAUGAGCGCUUUUCUCGCCUGAAUCUCCUACCGUUAACAUACUGGCAUGAAGUGAAAGACUUAAUUUUUUAUUUCAAGUGUCGCCAUGGCCACUACACGUUACGCAUAGAUGAUUACGUCAAGCCUAAAGGCACUCGUCUCACUCGCCAAAGCUCUGAUCAAGACGUACUAAUUCCCAAGUGCUGCACAAAGCUCUUUCAAUUUAGUUACUUUAACCGUAUUGCUAAACUCUGAAAUACGUUACCUGAAUCCACUCGUACUCUCACUUGUCUUAAUCGGUUUAAAUCUCACGCACUUCAACGCUAUUCGGCUACUUUUCGUACAAACUAUGACGUCACUCACUAUAACACCUGGAAGUCGAUCUGCUGCAAAUGCAGUAGGUCACGAAUCUUCUACUAGCUGGCAACUGCUGCUACUGAGACUUUUUCUCGACUGCGGGAGUGAUUCAUUCUCAUCGUUUUUGGAAAUAGGAUUUUUAUACUUCUUAUAAUGUUUAAGAGCGACGGUCAGGAAAUAUCGACCAUCGAGUGGCAAGAGUUGAAAAAUCGAUUUCCUUCAUUGUUUGUUCAUAAAUAG